AUAUAUAUAUAUAUAAGUGUAGGUACACACACACACUCGCGCACACACACAACACUAUCCAACCUAGAAAAUCAGUAUACAGAAAAUCGAACACCAUAAAAUCUCAUCCCCAUUGCUUCCCGGCUGAGAUUAUUUAUCAGUUGUACGAGCGGCUAGGGUGGUUGUACGCAGUCGGUGGGGGAGGUUUCUUUUUUUUUUUUUUUCUUUUUUUUUUUGAAUUCGAUGAAGUGGAUAAUGUGAAAUGGUGGAGCGGAAUCCUGUUUGGGAUUAAUUUUAUUUUUUUAAUUUCUUUUAUAGAUCUUGAUAAAUUGGGGAUAAUUGGGGGUUUCUAGAUCUGGGGUUUCUCUUUUGAAUCUGGGGUUUCUCUUUCUCUCUCUCUCUCUCUCUCUCUCUCUCUCUCUCUCUCACUGAAAGGCAACGGUUUUUCCGAUGUCAGUCACCGCUGCUCAGGUGGGGACGUACUUUGUCGGGCAAUACUAUCAGAUGCUACAGAACCAGCCAGAUUUUGUGCACCAGUUCUACAGCGAUGCGAGUACCAUGCUUCGGAUUGAUGGAAACGCCAGAGAGAAUGCUACUGCUAUGCUGCAAAUCCACCAUCUCGUCAUGUCACUCCACUAUACCUCAAUAGAGAUCAAGACUGCACAUUCCUUAGAAUCUUGGAAUCGUGGAGUGAUAGUGAUGGUUUCAGGUUCAGCGCACGUAAAGGGUUUCAAUGUGAGGAAGAAGUUUGUGGAAACUUUUUUCCUUGCACCUCAAGAGAAGGGAUACUUUGUUCUCAAUGAUAUUUUCCAUUACGUUGAUGAAGAACAAAAUCUGCUGCAUCCAAUUGCAUAUUUGCCGCAGAGCAAUCUUGAUUCCAAGCUCUUUUCCCCUGCCACAGUUCGAGAACAAGUGCCCAGUUACAUGUUGGGUGGAGAUAUUCAGCCCCACGAGUUUGCUGCUCCUUCAAAAAUUGAAGAUGACGAUGAAAUCCAUAACUACAACUAUACCGAGGAACAUAUACAGCAAAUGCCUGAAGAACACAUUUUGGAAGAAAAUUUUGCGUUGCAUUCAAAUGGCUCACUUUCAGGGCCGACAAACUAUGUACCCGACCGUUUAUCUUCACCUUUCGAAGAACCAGUCUCGGAGCCGCAAAAACAUACUUACGCUUCUAUAGUUGCUAAGAAACAACCUGCUCCAGCAGUAGUUUCUCAACCGUCAUUUAACAAGCCCGCUCCUCAAGAAUCGCAGCAUUCACAUGAAACGCCUAGUCAGCCAUCGUCUGAUCCAAUGGAGAGGUAUGGGAUUGAAACCCCAGACGAGACAUCAGUUAUGGAUGAUGAAGUUGAAGUGAAGUCAGUGUAUGUAAGAAACGUACCAACAACAAUGGCUGCUUCUGAAAUCGGGGAGGAAUUUAAAAAGUUUGGUAAACUCAGGCCUGAUGGAGUGGCUAUCAGAACUCGGAAGGAUAUAGAUGUAUGCUAUGCUUUUGUUGAAUUUGAAGAUGUCUCUGGUGUGCAGAAUGCAAUUAAGGCAUCCACAGUUCAGAUUGGUGCAUAUCAACUCUACAUUGAAGGACGAAGACCGAACAGAAUUAACUAUAUCCGAGGAGGAAGAGGAAGGGGUAGAGGCAGGGUAAGCUACCAGAUGGAAGGAACGAGAGGGCGAUUUGGUGGCCGCGGUUUUGGAAGGGCGGUUAAUCAAGACGGAUAUGAUCGUUAUUACAACAAUAACCCUAGAGGGAAUGGGAAUGCCAACGGUUACUAUAGGCAAAAUCCUCGACAAGAAAGGGCAAACCAGCAAGAAUCGGCAGACUGGCAAAACUUUUCGGAAUGAACUCACCUGUUUGAAGAUGAGGGAGAAACAGAAUAGAACGUCUUUUCAAAUAUUAAUUUAUUUUUUUUCCCUUUAUUUAUAAAGUUUUAGAAAGGAAAUUAAAUUAAAUAUGCUGGUGGGGAUCAUUGCAGUAUAUCUUUUUUGGGGGCUAUUUACCUGUUAUUUCUUUUUGCUGUUACUAAUUAAAUGAGGUUAUUUUAAGGAUUAUUUUUUUUA